UUAAACGACAGCAUCUGCCGGAGUUUCUCCCCUCGGCCAUCACUAAUAACGGUCGUCCAGCUUUCUUGCUUUUUUUAUUACGUCGGAGGACUUUAUAUCUCUCUCUUUUCUGGCUUUUAUUUAUUUUUGGUAAAUUAGCUUUUGAGGAUGACGAGUAAAAUUAAGUUUGUUCAGUCUCUGAUGAAGACUGCAGCGCUGGCCAACGUACCCAAACACAUCGAUCAUUUCUCCAAGUUCUCCCCCUCUCCUCUAUCAAUGAAGCAGUUCUUGGAUUUUGGUUCGACCAAUGCCUGUGAACGCACGUCGUUUGUCUUCCUUCGUCAGGAGCUUCCUGUCCGUUUGUCCAACAUAAUGAAGGAGAUCAACCUAUUGCCGGACCGACUGCUGGCCACGACCUCUGUCCAGCUGCUCCAGAGCUGGUACAUCCAGAGCCUGAUCGAGAUCCUUGAAUUUCUAGACAAGAACCCCGAAGACCAAAGAGUCCUUGAGAUGUUUGUGGAGGUCUUGGAGGGCAUCAGGAACCGGCACAACGAGGUGGUGCCCACCAUGGCUCAAGGAAUCAUUGAGUACAAAGAUGCUUUCGGCCAGCAGGAUGCCGUUACUGAUCACAACAUCCAGUACUUCCUGGACCGCUUCUACACCAGCCGCAUCUCCAUCCGCAUGCUCAUUAACCAGCACACUCUUGUCUUCAACGGCAACACGAACCCUGCCCACCCCAACACCAUUGGCUGUAUCGACUCCAUGUGUGAUGUGACAGAGGUAGCACGAGAUGCCUAUGAGAGUGCUAAGCUCCUCUGUGAGCAGUAUUACCUGGGAGCACCAGAGCUGGAGCUGAGACAGAUGAAUUCCAACAACAAUAAAGAGCCUAUCCACAUAUCAUACAUCCCAUCUCAUCUGUACCACAUACUCUUUGAGCUCUUCAAGAAUGCCAUGAGAGCAACCAUUGAGAACCACGAGGCCAGCAGGACCCUCCCACCCAUCAAAGUCAUGGUCGCUCUUGGUGGAGAAGACCUGUCAAUAAAGAUGAGUGACAGAGGAAAUGGUGUUCCCUUCAGGAAGACAGAGCGUCUGUUCAGCUACAUGUACUCCACAGCUCCCAGACCCUCCAUAGGAGACAAACACAGAGCCCCACUGGCAGGGUUCGGCUACGGUCUGCCCAUCUCUCGUCUCUACGCUCGCUACUUUCAGGGAGACUUACAGCUCUACUCUAUGGAGGGUCAUGGCACUGAUGCAGUCAUACACCUGAAGGCAUUGUCUACAGACUCAGUGGAAAGGCUGCCAGUGUUUAACAAGACCGCUCUGCGUCACUACAAGCUGAGUUUGGAGGCAGAUGAUUGGUGCAUCCCCUCCAAGGAGCCGCUGGACCUGGCUGUGUACCGUGCUGCCAAGUGAUUCAGUCAUGACCUGACAUGACUUCUGACACAAACCCUUAAAAGCAUACCAUUAAAAGUCCUUCAAAAGCAGGACAUGGUUGGAUCAGAACUAUUGGCCCAGCGAUGGACCAAAGCUGAAGUGACCAAAAGUGGCCAAGGAGAUCAAAGAGAAGGCACAGCAUGGAUUGUCAAGGAACUUCCUUGAUAUGAGCUUCCAUCUUCUUCCUGUUUCUCCCUCUGCUUUCUUCACAUGUGUGAUAUACAUAGAGGAAGACGAGAACAAAAUUGACAUUCUGGGUCAAGAUGGCGGAUGGUCAAAGAUGCAGUGAUAGAAAGCCAGAAAGAGAGAGAGAGAGAGUGAUGGAGAGGUGAGCUGAACUGAUAGUAGUGCUGGAUGUUUUGAAGACAAUCUCUAUUUUGUCUGAGCAGUAUUGGGAUUUAGGAACACAUUUCACCCAAAUGUUAGCAACCCAUUAUGCUGAUUCCUUUUAAUUAAGGUUUUUUAGGGUGCCUCUCAACCAGUCAGGUCUUUUAGUUCAGAGGUGCCAACAGAAUAUUUUCCGCAGUAAGUGGAUUAAGUGCCUGUUCAUGCUGACUGAGAAGUGUGUUUUUUCAACACUAUGCAAACUAUGUAUUUCUUUUUUCUCGUCUUGUUAAAACUGACAGUGUAAAUCCUCCCUUGAGUUCCUGUUUUGUGAACAGAUGUUCAGCUGCUCAGUUGCUUACAGUGCCGAGGACUAAGGAUCAUUUGGUUAGAGUUUAGCAGGUACUAUAACAUUGUCAAAGAGUUAUGUAAACUGGAAUGUGCCUUUAUCAGUGUGUCAUAAAGAUCUGUAAGAGGUCUAAACUGCAAUGACUGACUGCGUAUGAAAAUAAUCACUGUAAUAACUAUUUUACUGUAAAUUGUGAUUUACUGUGUGUAUUUGCAGAUAUGUGUGCUCCAGAUGUUGUUUUAUUUCAUCACUUGAGGUGUCUGAAUUUUAUUUUAUAUUUGAAGUGAAUUGUUCAUAUUGGAGGACUUCUAUUUUUUUUUUAUAAAGAAAUCAUCCUGAAAUUAA